AUGGGUCGAAUCAGCUGCUACUAUGCGCUGAUCGGUGUUGCACACGAUGCAACAACCGAAGAAAUAAAGGCAGCCAUCGAGCUGGCCUUCGAGGAGGCGGACGACAACGGGAUAAGCGUCAAGACUGUACAGCUGCGCACGGCCUCCAACGUGUUGACGAGUCUGCGGCGUCGAGAAAACCACGACCGACGGCAUGCUCAUGGAUGUACACUGUGCAUCUAUGCGCCCGUCAGGCGGAGGCCCGACGUUACGCUCAUGAAGCCGUGGGUCGGAAGGCCCAGCGAGUCGCCAAUCGUUCGCGAACGCCCCGCACCAAGCCUCUCCGAAGGUCCAGACGUCACCCAAUGGGUCGACGUCUAUGGGACUUGCCCACUUCGUGCUCUCUUAGUAGCACGGAGUAAAAGACGGCAGAGGAAACUCGGGAAAGGUCGUACCUUUCCUCAGCCGCUCUGGGAAGCUGCGGAUACGAAGAAGUACGCGGCGAGGGAGAAGCUGGUGUUGGUGGCAGAGGGGGAGACCACGGUGGAUGCGAUCGUCGGACGCAUGGGGUGGACCAUCGGAGGUGAGUGA